AGGGAGGGAGGGAAGGAGUGGGGGUGAUGUGCUGCCCCUAGCUACUACAUGCUAACAGGCUAGCUACAUAAACAAACACCGACUCGGCUCGGUCGAUUGGUUUUGCUGUCAAAUCACUUACUUAACAAGUCAGGCUGUUUCUAUAGUGGGUGAAGCAAGAUAUUUGAAAAAAAAGCGCUGUCAUGAAAUGUUUGGCUGGCAUUCACGUUCCAAAAAUCUGUUCUGAUUUUGUCCUGUCAAACAUGCUAAAGCUAACAGACUAGCAAUCUGAGUGAUAGUCGGUGGCAGGCCCAGCGUCAAUCUGGAAAUUUGAUGUAGUUUCCAAUAUGUAUAUGAAAUAUUACGGAGGUGCCAUAUCCCCCGUCUUAUCUGAAGCUUUAUGUAAUUAUAAAGCAGCGCGUUUGCUUCUGACUCUUGCGGCAAAGUCAGUUUUUACUGGCAGUUUUGACCCUUGAUGAAACAGACGCUAAUUUGUGCAAGCUAUCAGAUCUUGCUAACGUUCAACAUACGUUACCAGCCGUUGGCUGUGGUGUUAUGUGGUACACACCAGUACCGCUACACAUACAGUGGUAACAUUUCAACGGUGUGAUGCAGACUCGUUGAAUUAAUUUCUUGACAGUAUUAAGGGGAUAUGAAGAGCUAUAAAAAGUGGUGAAACACUGGGCCCUUUAACCGUUUGGAGGAGAAAACUCUCAAGCAGCUCGGCUAGUUCAGCAGGCGACUCUGCAACAUGCCUUUACUGAAAUAUAACACCGAAAUAAACACUGCGCUGGAGACAGAAAGCUCUUUAUUAUCUUAUGAGGGUGACAUUGUGAACUUUAAAAACUGCUAGACAACAGUAUUAGAAACUCUGUACUCUCACUGACCAUACAAAGACCAUUCUGUCCUACAGAUCAUCACUUGUUACCCAUUCAUUCAUCGUGAUCCAGCUCAGUCCUGCUCCAGCCCCUUCCCAGCGUGCAGCGCUCCAGCUGCCCCUGGCCAAUGAUGGAGGCAGCCGUUCAUCGUCAUCAGAGAGCUCGCCUCAGCACCACCCUUACCCCAGCCGCCCGCGACACAUGCUUACCCUGCCCACACCUCCAUACGGCCUACAGAAGAGCCUCGAGAAUGCAGAGAUUGACCAGAAACUGCAGGAGAUCAUGAAGCAGACAGGUUACCUGAAGAUCGAUGGUCAGCGGUAUCCAGCAGAGGUGACAGACCUGAUCAGUGAGGGGGAGAUAGGCAGUGGGACCUGUGGACAGGUCUUCAAAGUGCGAUUCAAGAAGACCGGCCAUGUCAUCGCUGUCAAACAAAUGCGUCGUACAGGAAACAAGGAUGAGAACAAGAGGAUCCUGAUGGACCUGGAUGUGGUUCUGAAGAGUCAUGAUUGUCCUUACAUCAUCCAGUGCUAUGGCGCCAUAGUUACUAAUACGGAUGUUUUCAUUGCCAUGGAGCUGAUGGGGACGUGUGCUGAGAAACUGAAGAAGAGAAUUCAGGGCCCCAUCCCAGAGCGAAUCCUUGGAAAGAUGACAGUAGCAAUAGUGAAAGCAUUGCUGUACCUGAAAGAGAAACAUGGUGUCAUCCACCGAGAUGUCAAACCCUCCAACAUCCUCCUAGACGCUAAAGGUCAGAUCAAACUGUGCGACUUCGGCAUCAGCGGACGCCUCGUCGACUCAAAGGCCAAGACCCGCAGCGCCGGCUGUGCUGCCUACAUGGCGCCGGAGAGAAUAGACCCCCCAGAUCCCACCAAACCUGACUAUGACAUCCGAGCAGACGUGUGGAGCCUUGGCAUCUCUCUGGUGGAGCUGGCCACAGGACAGUUUCCUUACAAGAACUGCAAGACAGACUUUGAGGUUCUGACCAAAGUGCUGCAGGAAGAUCCUCCUCUGCUGCCUCACAGCAUGGGCUUCUCCCUCGACUUCCAGUCCUUCGUCAAAGACUGCCUCACAAAGGAUCACAGAAAAAGGCCAAAAUACCACCAGCUGCUGGAGCAUAGUUUCAUCCGGCGUUACGAGGUCCUUGAGGUGGACGUGGCCGGUUGGUUCCAGACGGUGAUGGAUCGCACCGAGUCGCCGCGCAGCAGCCAGUGUUACAGCCAUCAGCACCAGCUCCACUCACUCUUCAGGCCACAGCCAAAGCCUGCUAGAUGUGCAGACUCAACCUCCCACACCCCAUCACACACCAAACCAAAUCACUGCUAGACACAGAGAACUGAGGACUGGCAGCGAUAGAGGAAACUGUCAAGUGUCAGAGAGAGAUCCAGGAACGUUGUCAAGAUGGAAAAAUAGAUGAGUGAAAAUGAAUCGACAGGAAAACGAGAUGAGAGGACAGAGUGAGGUGAGAAUAAAUACAGUGAGUGUUAAGAAAGUGGGAUGGGAAGUUCAAGAAAAGUCAGACAAACUGGAGAUGACGGGAAGUGAGUGCAAACAUGGAAGGAAAACGUCAGCCCAAGUUUCAUUGGACUGCUGAGCUCUGAGGCUAGCUGGUUAUUGUGAAAAGCUUUCAUGGUGUUACACCAACAUACCAAUUAUGAUUUUAGCAAGUGAGUUAGCGUGUUGUGUUUAUGUUGUCUGCUGUUCAAACAAUGUUAUUUAUUUACAUUGCUACUGCUGCUACUUUUUUUAUUGCUUUAGACGCUGCUGUCGCUUCUUUUCCCCAAAGGACAAAUACUUUAUUCUCUUUCUUUUUAAGCCAAAUAAGUGAAAUAAUGCAAUGUCAACAGUACCAAAUACAGAAGAGCAAGUUUGAAGAAGGCAAAAGCAAACGAGAGAGGUUGAGGUGGAUAAGAAGGGAAAUUGCAGGGAGGUUGACGUCACAAAAGUACUAACAAACGAAAUAUAAACACACACCUCACCUCACAUGUAGUCCUGUGUAACUCAAGUAGAUAAUCAUUUAUGCCACAACGUCACCAAACUCUGUAGAGUGUAGAUAUGAUUAGAAGGGAUGUCUGUCUGUCCGAAUGCUUUUUUUUGUCAUAUCCAUCCUUUACUCUGUCCAUCCAUCCCUCCAUCUGUCCACAGGUCGCCUGCAAGCUUGACAACCUUGACAGUUCACACCAAAGGUGUCCAGAGCUCAACAAAAACACAAAAGAACGUUGUUGUUGUUAUUGUUAUGACUUAUUGACAUUAUAAUUGAGUACUCUCAGCUAUGAUAUAUAUGAAAUCUCUCUAUAGCUAGUGGGGGUGGGGUGGGGGGGGUACAAGUGCGCUGUAGUAUAGCAGUGCUGUGUGUGUGUGUCAUAUACUGUACAGGGGGAGACUGUUAAACUAAACUAACGCACCACAAGGGCCCAGCAACAAAACCAGCCGGCUCAUCACUCUACUCAGUGAAUCAGCUCACUGUGGGCCUGUGUCAGGAAAUAAUCGGCUCAGUGUGGCUCUCGGUGGGCUGCCUGGCCUCUCCAAGCCUCUCAGCAUUAACAAAACUGCUAUCACACAGCUGGCUAUCAACUGGCUCCGUUAACUCUGACUUUUCCGAUCCUGCUCCGUUAGCCCUGCAGCAUAGGCUACCAUGACGGUUAAAAGUGAACCAGCUUUGUAAUACCAGAAAAUCUAAGCCCAAAGAUGGCUCACAUCACUUCCUGACACAGGCCCCUCGGACAGACCUGAUGGUGAGUUGGCACAACUAUGUUAUCUCAGCCUUUGUCAGGUUUUAGUCUGGAGACCUGGCUGAAACUUGGAUCCGAUUUAGCUUCCAUCAGUGAACAGGGACUCUUGCUGGUUGUCCUGCUCUCGUGACCUCUCUAGAUGACAGGAUUCAGGGCUGAUCAUGACAGACAUGCUCAGCCUCCCUGCUAAAAACUGAUGUAUAUAGACCUGAAUCUGGUGCUCAGCAUCUAUCAGCUGUCCUGCACUGCCAGCACAGUCUGAGGUGUACUCAUUUGGUGCAGUUUCAAAAUCACUCUGGGAGAUGGGGCGACCCACUCUCACUAACGCUCACUGUUCAAACUCAGUAUGUGGAAGUCAUGUCCAAACACAAAGCUGGACCCAGUCUCCCACUGUUUAGGGUCUCUCUUAUUAAGCUGAUGUAUAUUUUACACACGCACACACGCGCUCGACCAUGCUGUUCUGUGCACAGUUCCAUCCAAACACCUGAUUGGGUGACGGUGCCAUGCUACACCUCUGUGAAACCAGUCAGGUCAGGCCAGGUGUGCACCUGCUGACAGAAAGAAUGACGUGUGUGUGUGAGUGUGUGUGUGUGUGUGUGAGAGUGUGAGUGUGAGGAAACAAAACAUCUGAUUACUAAUCUACACUCACACACCAAAUGUAUAAAGUUAACCCACUCUACACUGCAAUGCUUGCUACUGCCAAUAGUGGCUUUAUGUGUAUAUUAGCUUGUGAGGUGCGAGGGCCAGGGGUGUAUACAAACAGCUAGUUCAUGGCGUGUACCUGCGCUGUGCCUUGACAUCGAGGGGGAGCGUGUGUGUGUGUGUGUGUGUGUGUCGUAAACCCAUCUGUAAACCAAAUAUCAUUUUCACUAUGCAGUCAUUCAAACCAUGUCAGCUUGCUUCGAUAGGGAAAAAAAGCCUCCUGUAAAUAUACAGGUUUACAGAUAAACUUGAGUCGGAGUUGGACAGUGUGUCCUUCUUUUUCAAGCCCCUCCCCCCGUCAAUGUGAUUAAGAUCACCGCCUUCAGCUAGUUCACAGUGAAAAGAGAGAGCAAGAGAUAUGUUUUGAAUGAGCUGACAAAUAUUUAAGGAUUGUAUUGGGGCCGGGGAGGGACUGGGGUUAGAUUGGGGUUUGUAGUUGUGGGGGAGAUAACAGAUCAAUGCUGUAAAGUAUAUCAGUUGCAUGUUGUUGUCACCGUUGUAACUGCCAUUGUUUUUUGUUUUGUUUUUUUUUCUUUCAAGACAACGGUUGAUUGGGGUGGGGAUGCACAAAACUUUAUCCUUAUUUAUGAUUUUUACACAUAUAGUCUGUAUUUUUUGUUUUUUGCAAAAAUGUUGAAUUAUUGUGUUAAUUAUUAUUACUUAGGAAAAGACACACUUUUUUGCCUUUUUUUUUAAAAAAAAUGUUCUCUGUAAACUUUGCAAUAUACUUUUUCACUUUGGACCCAUCACUAGACAUCAAGGAGCUGUAUCCUUAUUAGCAGACAGUGUUUAUUAGAAGAAAAGUCUCAAUGUCCUGUUUUCCCCUCAUUCAUGUGCCGUGUGUCUUUCUCUUCAAUUAGCUGUGUGUGCGGCCAGAGUGUGUGUGUGUUGUUUAUUCGUCUACCAAAAGUCUUUAUUGAUGGUGAUCUUUAUUAGCUUUUAUUUUGUCCAUCCUUUUGUUUUUUUAUUAUUGUUAUGAUUACUGUGUUUAUUAUUAUUAUUAUUAUUAUAUUUUGUUGUUACUAUUAAUUAUUCAGGGCAAAGAUGACACCAAAUUGAACAAAGAAAUAAAUGGGUGAUCCCAGACAGUGCUGAGAGCUGGACAGUGUUGUCCGUCUUUCUGAAGGUUUCUUUUACUGGCGAGGUGGAGCAAUCGUUUUUGUUUUGUUUGUUUGUUUGUUUGUUUGUUCUUCACCGUUACGCUGUAGUAUCUGUCCACCUGAUGUAAACCGCCACAUAAAGGUAACCUCUGAACUGAAAGUCUGUUAGUAUUUUUUUAUUGUCAUUAUUACUAUUAUGUAUUGUUUUCUUUGAUCAGAUAUCAUGAUCGAUUUAUUUCUCGUUACCCCAGUUUGGGUCAUAAAUUGUGUGCUGUUAUUUAAUUUUUUCCCCCUUCAUCCCUGCCCACUGCUUUGGGAUUAUUAUUUUUUUUUUAAAUCUUGUUUAUUAUUAUUUUUGUAUUCUUUCUGGUUUGUCUGAUGCUGUAGUAGUGAGCUGAUUGGUCAAACACCAGAGCUUUUUUUGGUUUUUUUUCUAAUGCUGAGACUGUCGUGACUGAUGUUGCACUUGUGAUGGGUUUAUUUUUGUUUUGUGUUGCAGAUUGUUGUGCAGAGAGGAGAAUAUUGGGUGUUUUCCUUAUUUUUCUUUUAAGUCACAGCGGUUAUUUUAUCAAUCAUAGAUCUGUGACACCAAGCAAGAAAAUUGAUUCUACAGUGUAUUUUUUUCACUGAUAUUUAUUUAUUGGUCAUUUGUAUGUUUCUUUGUUUUUGUUUUGGUUUUUUUAAAGGCUUUUUUUGUGGAGGGCAAACAGGACUCAAGGUAGAGUAGGAGUCCUUCAUUGGCGUUUUAUCAUUGUGUACAGAAAACAAAAUGUUGUAUUCAAACAUCACACUAACAUACAGGCUAUAAAGAAACAGAUAAACUGGUUUAAAAUAGAAACCCACAGUACAGUAAGGUGAAAUGUUUCUGACUUUACUGUGACUGUCUGACUUCCAUUAUUUUGUUUACUGUUUACCCUCUCAGAAGGCUCCAGCAAACAAAUUGUUCAUGGGUUAAUGCUGAGUAGCCAUAGCAUGGUGUAUGUGAACUAUAGUGCAUUGCUAACAAACUCACAGUUAAAGGACCAGUGUGUAGGAUUUAGAGGCAUCUGUUGGCAAAAAUUGGAUGUAAUAUUCAUAGUUAUAUUUUCAGCAGUGUGUAAUUAUAAUCACGUAGUGUUUUUGUUACCUUAAAGUGAGUCUUUCAUAUCUACAGCAGGAGUGGGUCCACUGCCAUGUUUCUGCAAUAGGCCAGAAUGGACAAACCAGACACUGGCUCCAGAGAGGGGGUUUCAUGUUUUUAUGUUGUUUGGUGAGGGGAGGGAGGGGUUUGCAAUGUGUAUCCUCUCCACUAGAUACCACUGACUCCUACACACUGGAGCACCUUUAAAGCGUGUAUCAUUUGAAACUUGGAUGAUUUUUAUCAGUGAUUACUGAAUGCCAGCAACAAAGCAGAUUUUUUUCAUGUUUUUAAGUUUUAGUUAUUUCAGCUGAUGAUAACUGCUAUGAUAGUGGACUGACUGGCUUGUUAUUAACCUGCACUCCCUGUUAGCGAGGUGGGACACGCCUGCUUUGAAUUAUCAUUGAGGUUUGUUGCUUGGUUUCUCUAAAUGCAGUUCUAAGUCUAGAUUGCAUGACUUUGCUAGUUUGCGGGGUUGGGGGAGGAUUGACUUCAGUCACCGCUGUUGCAGUUCAGAGGCUUCUUGUAUGUACGACGCCAUGGAUUUAUCAUCUUGACAGUUGUAUCAAUACAGCUUUACUGCCUGUUUCUUUUAUUUUUGUUUGUUUGUUUGUUUUUGGCUGUAUUUUAUCCCCCCUCCCCCUUCCCUCCCUGAGUCUCAUUUCAGACAGAAUAAAUGCCAUUAUAUUGUGAAUACCUCAGGAUUUUUUUGGAGAAAAAAAAUAAUAAAACACUUAAAAAUCAAAUAAAUAAAUAAAAACUCAUAAAAAA